AUGGCGGCCGGGAAGGGACAAGAAGGUGGGGAGAUAGCGGAGGAAACCCAAGGAACAGCCAAGAUGAAAUUUCCAUUUCCUUAUACACCAUAUCCCAUUCAAGAAGAAUUCAUGGCUAAACUUUACCAGGUCUUGGAAGCUGGAAAGAUUGGUAUAUUUGAGAGCCCGACUGGGACAGGCAAAUCUAUGAGCCUUAUUUGUGGCGCCCUCACGUGGCUCCGAGAUUUUGAAGGAAAAAAGAGGCAGGAGGAGGCCCGGCUGCUCGCAGCUGAACUUGGAGGGAAGGGUACGGCAGAGCAGUCUGAGAAGGGCAGCCCGGAGUCUGCGGACAGUCAGGUGUCUUCAGCAGAGCCCGACUGGAUUGCCCAGUUUGUGCAGAAGAAGGAAGAGCGAGAAACGGCCCACAGACUGAAGGACGAGCAGGUCAGGAGGAAGAAGCGAGAAGAACGGCUGGAGCAAAUUCGCCACAAUGUGCAGCUGAAAUACGCAUCUAAAAGGAAGAAGACGGAGGAGGAAGAGAUGGAGCAUCUGCUGCAGCUCAGCAAGGACAUCUUGUCGGACCAGGGUGAGUUGGGUGGCUUGGAGCCACUGGAUCAGAAUGAGGAAGAGCUGAUCCUUGCAGAGUACGAGAGUGACGAGGAGAAGAAAAUGGGCAACAGAUUAAGCAAAGAAGAAGAUGAUGACAAUCUUGAGGAAGAGCACGUAACUAAGAUCUACUACUGCAGCCGGACACAUUCUCAGCUGGCCCAGUUUGUGCACGAGGUCCAGAAGAGCCCCUUUGGCAAGGAGACCCGGCUGGUGUCCUUGGGAUCCAGGCAGAACCUGUGUGUGAACGAGGAGGUGCGACGGCUGGGAGCUGUUCAGCUUAUCAAUGAUCGUUGCAUGGAAAUGCAGAAGAAUAAACAUGAGAAGAAGAGUGCAGAAGAGGAGGUGGAGAGGAAGAAGAAGCGCCUGAGCCGAGCAGCGUGUCCGUUCUACUCAUAUGAGAACAUGCAGUUUCUUCGGGACGAGGUUUUGGUGGAGGUGAAAGAUAUCGAGGAGCUGGUGGCCCUGGGGAAGGAAGCCAAAGCCUGCCCGUACUAUGGAAGCCGCUUUGCCAUUCCGGCUGCUCAGCUGGUUGUGUUGCCCUAUCAAAUGCUUCUGCACGAAGCCACCAGAAAUGCAUCUGGGAUCAAACUGAAGGAUCAAGUGGUGAUAAUUGACGAGGCCCACAACCUGAUAGAUACCAUCACCUGCAUCUACAGCGCUCAGGUUAGCGGUUCUCAGCUGUGCUGUGCCCAUUCCCAGCUCUCACAGUACAUGGAGCGGUACAGGAAACGCCUGAAAGCCAAGAACCUGAUGUACAUUAAACAGAUUAUCUUCUUGCUGGAGAAGUUUGUCACUGUUCUUGGAGGAAACGUGAAACAAAACCCAAAUACUCAGAGUAUUCCUCAGGCAGGGGCCCAGCUGAAAUCUAUCAACGACUUUCUCUUCCAGUGUGAGAUUGACAAUAUCAACCUCUUCAAGGUUCAGCGGUACUGUGAGAGGAGCCUCAUCGGCAGGAAGCUGUUUGGGUUUGUGGAAAGGCAUGAAGCAUCUGGAGCUUUGAAAAGUAGGCCAGAAGAGCAAAAGAUGGCUGGCUUGCAGAACUUCCUGCAAAACUUGAACGAGAAGCAAAGGAAGGAAGGCAGUCCGCAGAGCCCUGUUGGCGAGGCUGAAGACGGCCCACCCAAGAUGGCGUCUCCUCUGAUGCACAUCGAGGGCUUCCUGGCGGCGCUCACCACAGCCAACCAAGAUGGGAGAGUCAUUCUCACCAGGCAAGGCACUUUAGCUCAGAGCAGCCUCAAGUUUCUGCUGCUGAAUCCGGCGGUCCAUUUUGCCAAGGUGCUGAAGGAGUGCCGGGCUGUGAUCGUCGCCGGGGGCACCAUGCAGCCAGUGGCUGAUUUCCGGGAACAGCUGCUCACCUGCGCGGGUGUCGGCGCUGGCAGGAUCGAGGUGUUUUCCUGCGGUCACGUGAUUCCCCCAGACAACAUUUUACCCAUCAUCCUCUGCAGCGGCCCAUCCGGUCAACAGUUGGAGUUCACCUAUGAGAAGAGAAACCUACCUCAGAUGAUGGAGGAGACGGGGCGACUUCUCAACAACCUCUGCAACGUCGUCCCUGGGGGCAUGGUGUGCUUCUUCCCCUCCUAUGAAUAUGAGAAGCAGGUGUACAUGCACUGGGAGAAGACUGGGCUGCUCGCCCACCUGGCCGCUAAGAAGAAGAUAUUUCAAGAACCAAAGAAAGCAAACCAGGUGGAGCAGGUGCUGGCGGAAUAUGCCAAGUGCAUCAAGCGUUGCAGCCACGCAGGAACCACCAUGACGGGAGCACUGCUGUUUUCUGUGGUUGGUGGGAAAAUGAGCGAAGGAAUCAAUUUUUCCGACGAUUUGGGAAGAUGUGUGAUCAUGGUGGGCAUGCCUUACCCCAACAUCAAGUCUCCAGAACUCCAGGAGAAAAUGGCUUACCUGGAUAAGACAAUGCCAAAGAUCGCAGGGCAAGCACCAGGCCGAACACUGAUUGAGAACUUGUGCAUGAAAGCAGUGAACCAGUCCAUAGGGAGAGCCAUUCGCCAUCAAAAGGACUUUGCCAGCAUCGUGCUGCUAGAUCACCGCUACGCCCGCCCAGCUGUUCUCAACAAACUGCCUCAGUGGAUCAAGAGCAGGACCCAGGUCAAGGCUGCUUUUGGGCCAGCCUUUGCUGCCUUAAGAAAGCUCCAGAGGAGGCGCUUGCCUCCGUCAGGAAACUUGGUCAGGGAAGAUUCAGAAAGGCCCCUGAAGGUUGCCGCUGUCUUGCUGCAAAACCUGCUCUGA